AUGGCUAAGAAGGGGUUAAAGAAGGCAUUGGAAAACCACAAGGCGAUGGAAAAGGCGGCCCAGCCGACGAAGAAGGCCUCGAAAAAGGCCAAGUCAGUCUCGCCCGAGCCUGAAGUCGCCGUCGAGGAACCCGCUCCCGAAGUGGAAGAACAAGAAGAAGUGGUUGAUAUCGACCUGGCGCCUCUCUCCAAGAAGGAAAAGAGAAGACUCAAAAAGGAGUUGAAGAAGCAGCAAGAAGAACAAGCCAAGGCCGAAGAGAACCAGGAUUCUGAAGCUGAAGAUGAUGAAGAAGAAGAGGAUGAUGAAGAAGAAGCUAAGCUAGAUCUUGAGAAGUUGGCUCAAUCCGACGAUGACGAUGACGACGAAGACGAAGAUGAUGACGACGAUGACGACGAAGACAAAGAAGAUGACGAAGAAGAAGAAGAGGAAGAAGACCCCGAGGCUGAAGAACAAGAUAUCCCGCUUUCCGACGUUGAAUUCGACGACGACGCCGAUAUCGUGCCCCACCAGAAGCUUACCGUCAACAACACCGCUGCUCUCCGCGAGCUGCUUGCCCGUAUCGAGCUCCCAUGGGCCAAGCACUCGUUUGUCGAGCACCAGCUGGUGGUGUCGCCCGACAAGGUUGAGGCCGGUAUUAAAGACAUCUACGACGACACCGAGCGUGAAUUGGCAUUUUACAAGCAGGGUUUGGAUGCUGUGAAGCAGGCUCGGGCGACGCUCCUCAAACUCAACGUCCCCUUCUCGCGGCCGUUGGACUACUUUGCCGAGAUGGUGAAGCUGGACGAACACAUGGAGAAGCUCAAGCAGAAGUUGUUGACCGAGGCCGCCAACAAGAAGGCGUCGGAGGAAGCGAAGAAGCAGAGACACUUGAAGAAGUUCGGUAAACAAGUGCAGCACGCGACGUUGCAAGAACGGGCGAAGCAGAAGAAGGAGGCCCUCGGCAAGAUCGAUCAAUUGAAGAAGCGUAAGCGCGGUACCAACGAGAUGCUUGGUGACGACGAAUUUGACAUUGCCCUCGAAGAUGCCGUGGCCGGUAAGACUUAUGAAGGCCCCAACAAGCGGGCUAAGGUCAACGGCAAGCGGAAGGCUAAGGACGCCAAGUUCGGCUUUGGCGGCAAGAAGAGAUUCUUGCGGAAGAACGAUGCCCAGCUGUCGAUGGACGUGUCGGGCUUCUCGAACCACAAGAAGCAGAAGAGACCGGGGAAGUCGAGAAGAAGACAUUAG